CGGCCGCGUGGGUCCUCGUUAGGCACUGAUCCGCUCCUUCGGAAGAGCGGCACUUUGCAAUUUGGGAAGGACGGGACCCCGACGCCGAUCCUCUCCCCGGGUGACUGUCGGCUGCUAGCUUCCCUCCCCCUGGACUUUGAAAUGCUUUACCUCAUUGGCUUGGGCCUGGGCGAUGCCAAAGACAUCACAGUCAAGGGCCUGGAGGUUGUGAGACGCUGCAGCCGUGUGUACCUGGAAGCCUACACCUCUGUCCUGACUGUGGGGAAGGAAGCCCUGGAAGAGUUCUAUGGAAGAGAGCUGAUUCUUGCUGAUAGAGAAGACGUGGAGCAGCGAGCAGACGAUAUUUUAAAGGAUGCCGACAGCACCGACAUUGCAUUCCUCGUGGUUGGGGAUCCCUUUGGGGCCACCACGCACAGUGAUCUGGUCCUGAGGGCCGUGAAGCUGGGCAUCCCUUACCAAGUCGUCCACAACGCCUCCAUAAUGAACGCCGUGGGCUGCUGCGGCUUACAGCUGUACAGGUUUGGAGAGACGGUGUCCAUCGUGUUUUGGACAGACACCUGGAGACCGGAGAGCUUCUUCGACAAAGUGAAGAAGAACAGGCAGAACGGCAUGCACACGCUGUGCCUACUGGACAUCAAAGUGAAGGAGCAGUCUCUGGAAAAUCUCAUCAAGGGAAGGAAGGUCUACGAACCUCCUCGCUACAUGACCGUCAGCCAAGCAGCCCGGCAGCUCCUGGAGGUUGUUGAAAACCAGAGAGCGCGAGGAGAAGAACCAGUAGCAGUCACCGAGGACACGCUGUGUGUUGGCCUCGCCCGGGUCGGCGCCGAGGACCAGCGAAUCGCCGCCGGCACUCUGCUGCAGAUGUGCACCGUGGACCUGGGGGGCCCGCUGCACUCCCUGGUCAUCACCGGAGGCAGCCUGCACCCGCUGGAGGCGGAGAUGCUCAGUCUGUUUCCGGUGCCAGAGGCCAGCCCGGCGUCCCGUGGCACCGACGGGCCCCGCAGGUACCGAACCGGUGCUGGAGGAGAAGUCGAGUGAACCACGCUCCGCCUCCUGCGGCCGGAGCGGUCCCUCUGACGUCAUCAUUACGUGCAGCUAUUGGCAACUUUCCUGGAGAGGCGCGCAUGGGACACUUGUAGGUGGACACCCACCAACAGAGCCCUUGAGACGCAGCUUUUCACUGUGCAACCAUCUGUACAAGGAGGACCUUCUCCCCACUUCGGAAGCCAGCCGUCCUGACUGCAGGCGAGCUAACUGCAGGCGAGCUAACUGCGCGUGCGCACAGGUGGGCGGGGCGGCCGAGUGACUGCCUCUGAAUCACCUGUCUUAUUACCUGGCACCCUAGUCACAGAGCUCGUAUUAUACAUUAUGUAAUCGCCGAAUUAUAAAUGUGCAGCCAGCCAUGUCUGUUGCUCUUCGGUUUUGAAUAGCCACUUUCACACUCAAGCUGACAAAUGGAAAACUACAAAAUAAAAUUUUUUAAAAUUCAAG